AUGGGAUCCACGAUUUUGGCAUCUCGACAAACGAUGCGACUGUUUGGAAGCAAAAGAGGCAUUCCUGGUAAUCCUUUGGGACAAGUUGUAGUCUAUGAUGAUCAAAAUGAUAUCAAGGAUAUAGAUCAGGAAGCAUUGCAGAACACAGUACAUCGAAUAGCCAAAAUAAUAGGCUACGAGACCUAUGAUGUCACACUGUUGCUUGUUGACGAUGAGGAGAUGAAGGAAACCAACCUAGAAUCGAGGGGCAUCGAUGCCCCUACGGACAUUCUUUCGUUCCCAUUCCAUUUCCACGAGAAACCAGGACUACUUGAGGAGCCCGAGUUCGAUAUUCCAGAUUACUAUACCCUCGGAGACAUGGUGGUGGAUGUUCCAUACGUCAUUCGCAGAUGUAAAGAAGACAUGGACGAAGCUGAUGACGCAGGUUUCGAAGACGAAGUCGAACGGGGAGUCUCAGGUGCAAUGGCGAGCGAAUUAGAUCCAGUCAAACGGAUUCACAUGUUGUUAAUACAUGGGAUGCUUCACCUAGUGGGCUACGAUCACGAGGAAGAUGACGAGUAUGAAGAAAUGGUUACACGAGAGGAGGAACUGCUCAAGGAGUUGGGAUAUAUUGAGUAG